UGGCCUGAUGGGAGUUGUAGUUUAUAGGUGCCACUCAGUAUUUGUAACCCAAACUACUAGUUUUAGAGUCCGGCCCCUGCUCAUAACUGGAGAGCAGGCCACAGGAGACCGUGUCAGCAGCCGCUUCUGAACGCCCAUGCCCGCAAUGCUGUUGGUGUUGCUGGUCGCUGCGUUAGCGCUUGCAACGCCGGCCCCCGGAACACAGAUGAAAAGACGGCAAAUGGACCAGGCGCCAAACGUGGUGCUGGUCGCCAGUGACUCCUUCGAUGGAAGACUAACGUUUCAACCAGGAAGUCAGGUAGUAAAACUUCCCUUCAUUAACUUCAUGAGAGCACAUGGUACCACCUUCCUAAAUGCCUACACUAAUUCUCCCAUCUGUUGUCCAUCACGUGCAGCAAUGUGGAGUGGCCUCUUCACUCACUUAACAGAAUCGUGGAAUAAUUUUAAAGGUCUGGAUCCAAAUUAUACAACAUGGAUGGACGUCAUGGAGAAGCAUGGCUAUCAGACACAGAAAUUUGGAAAAUUGGACUAUACUUCCGGACAUCAUUCCAUUAGGUCUACAUUAAAAAAGAGUGAACAACGCAAAAGGAGAUACAAAAUCAACCGUGUGGAAGCAUGGACAAGAGAAGUUGCAUUCUUGCUCCGACAAGAAGGCAGGCCCAUAGUUAAUCUUAUCCCUGAUAAGAAUAGAAGGAGAGUGAUGGUCAAGGACUGGCAGAAUACAGACAAAACAAUCGAUUGGCUAAGACAGGUUAACUACACCAAACCAUUUGUCCUUUACUUGGGAUUGAAUUUGCCACACCCUUACCCUUCGCCAUCUUCAGGAGAAAACUUUGGCUCUUCUACAUUUCAAACUUCUCUUUACUGGCUUGAAAAGGUAGCUUAUGAUGCAAUCAAAAUCCCAAAGUGGUUGCCUUUGUCACAAAUGCAUUCUGUGGAUUAUUAUUCUUCCUAUACAAAAAACUGCACUGGGAAGUUUACUGAAAAUGAAAUUAAGAACAUUAGAGCAUUUUAUUAUGCUAUGUGUGCUGAGACAGAUGCCAUGCUAGGUAAAAUUAUUUUGGCUCUUCGCAAGUUAGAUCUUCUUCAGAAAACUAUUGUUAUAUAUACUUCAGACCAUGGAGAGAUGGCUAUGGAACACCGCCAGUUUUAUAAAAUGAGUAUGUAUGAAGCUAGUGUCCACGUUCCUUUUCUGAUGAUGGGACCGGGAGUUAAGGCCAACCUACAAGUAUCAAGUGUUGUUUCUCUUGUGGAUAUUUACCCUACUAUGCUUGACAUAGCUGGGAUUGCUCUGCCUCCAAAUCUGAGUGGCUACUCCUUGUUGACAGUGUUGUCAAACGCAUCUGCAAAUGAACAGGCAUUCAAACUCCACCAUCCACCUUGGAUUCUGAGUGAAUUCCAUGGAUGCAAUGCAAAUGCUUCCACCUACAUGCUGCGAACUGGCCAGUGGAAGUACAUAGCCUACUCUGAUGGUGCAUCCGUGCCGCCUCAGCUCUUCGAUCUUUCCAUGGAUCCAGAUGAGCUAACAAACAUUGCUACAGAAUUUCCAGAAAUUAUUUAUUCUUUGGACCAGAAGCUUCGUUCUAUUAUAAACUACCCUAAAGUGUCUGCUUCUGUCCAUCGAUACAAUAAAGAACAGUUUAUCAUGUGGAAACAAAGUGUAGGACAAAAUUACUCAAAUGUUAUAGCACACCUUAGAUGGCAUCAAGAUUGGCAAAAAGAUCCAAGGAAGUAUGAAAAUGCAAUCCAACAUUGGCUCACAGCCCACUCCAGUCCAGUGGCUAGCAGCCCACCCCAGUCCACCAGUGGCUCACAGCCCUCUCUUCUCCAGUCCACCAGUGGCUAGCAGCUCACUCCAGUCCACCAAGUGGCUCACAGCCUACUCUUCUCCAGUAGCAGUAGACAAUAAUGAAACUUUCUCAAGCUAUAUAUUAAUAUGUUGGUACGUAUUAAACUGAAACAGCCUUAACAAUUGCUUAUUUUACCUACUUUCAAACUAUGUACUAUAUCUUAAGUGCCAAUGAAUUCAGAACUCAUAUUUUCAAAACUCGUUAUACUAAGACCUUAUUGUUGCAGACCUCUGACAGUUUAACAUCAGAAGUAUUUAGAGAAUAGAAGCAAGCAUUCUUAUUGUUUCCUUGGAUAAUACAGAAUAUGAAAUAUUUUAACAACCAUCAAUUGUUAUUUAUGAAUCAUGAUGUUUCAUGACUGACUAGUCUUUUGGUGAAACUCUUUGGAUGUAUUUGAUGUGUUUGAACUAUUUAAUGGGACAUAGACUCUGAAUAUAGUUGAUUUUAUUUUCUGU